AUGGAUCAUGCCAACCGUACUUGGACCCAAAGUUUCAUCCUUGCUGGUUUCACCAUCACUGCAACUCUGCAACCUCUUGCCUUCUUAGGUGCCUUAUGUAUUUAUCUCCUUACUCUGGCAGGGAACCUGUUCAUCAUUGUCCUGGUCCAAGCAGAUUCUGGACUAUCCACACCCAUGUAUUUCUUCAUCAGUAUCCUGUCCUUCUUGGAGCUCUGGUACGUCAGCACCACGGUGCCCACCCUGCUGCAUACCUUGCUCCAUGGACGUUCACCCAUCUCAUCUGCUGCAUGCUUCUUCCAGCUGUAUGUCUUCCACUCCUUAGGCAUGACUGAGUGCUACCUUCUGGGUGUCAUGGCGCUGGACCGCUACCUUGCCAUCUGUCACCCACUCCACUACCAUGCACUCAUGAGUGGACAGGUACAGUUAUGGCUAGCAGGGGCCACUUGGGUGGCUGGCUUCUCAGCGGCAGUUGUGCCAGCCAGCCUCACAGCCACUCUUCCUUUCUGCUUUAAGGACAUGGCCCAUUACUUUUGUGACCUGGCACCACUAAUGCGGUUGUCAUGUGUGGACACAGGCUGGCAUACUCAUGUCCAUGGGACAGUGAUUGGUGUAGCCACUGGGUGCAAUUUUGUGCUCAUUUUGGGACUAUAUGGGGGCAUUCUGAAAGCUGUGCUGAAACUACCCUCAGCUGCCAGUCGUGCGAAAGCCCUCUCUACCUGUUCAUCCCAUAUGACUGUAGUAGCUCUAUUCUAUGGUUCUGCCUUCACAGUGUAUGUGAGUUCACCCGGGAGUCGACCCGAGGGUACAGACAAGGUUAUUGCCUUGGUAUAUGCCUUUCUUACCCCUUUCCUCAAUCCCAUCAUCUAUACCCUUCGUAAUAAAGAGGUGAAGGAGGCUAUGAAGAGGGUCACUGAUAGAAUCAGGAAUAUCUUGAAGGGACUCUGA